AUUUAGUGUUACCGAUAUGAUAGUCAAAAUCUUUUCCCAGUCCAAACCAUCCCUCUUAGAAACAGCCUCACACUAUAUAUAUAUACGAACACAACUAUGACACUUCUGAGAGGCAAACCUAAAGCCUUUAUCGAUUCUUGAUUUCUUGGAGAGAGAGAGAGAGAGAGAGAGAGAGAGGCAUGGGGGGAGGGAACGGCCAGAAGUCGAAGACGGCUCGUGAAAGGAACAUGGAAAAGAUGAAAGCUGCUGCUAAGGGAAGUCAGCUUGAAACUAACAAGAAGGCGAUGAACAUCCAGUGCAAGGUAUGUAUGCAGACAUUCAUGUGCACUACUUCAGAGGUGAAAUGCAGAGAGCAUGCUGAGGCAAAGCAUCCCAAAGCUGAUGUCUACACAUGUUUCCCUCAUCUCAAGAAAUGAGUGAACAACAUUAUUGUCUUUCUCCUGCCUGUAUUAUGACAUGUCACCAUGAUGUAGCUGAUGUUUCUGGUUUUUCUGCUUAGAUCAUUGCUCAAAACUGUCAGAUUGUUACCUGAAAUCUCUUGUUAAAUAUGUUUAUAUUGGCCCUGUUUGCUAA